AUGAAGAAUUUAUCUAAAGCUAUUGGCGCUGCCGUAUUAGCCUUUUCUUUAAUUGUCAAUGUUGAUGCAAGAUUUGGUCAACAAAAUCUACAGGAUGGUGUUUUAGCCCAGAUGAGAGCCUUACCUCCUGCUGGUGAUAAAAGCGCUUACACGGGUAAUUUGACUGGUGCCUAUGUUCGUUCUUUAUUAGCUGCGGCACCCAAAUGUGAUCAACAGGACGUCUGUGACAAUUUUGUUGAUAUGGCUAAUAUAAUUGGUAAAGAAGGUGAUGCAAAAACACAAAGUGAAAUGAUUAAGCUUGCUCAACAAUUGAGACAAGCAGAAAGAAACACUCCAAAUGAUGGACAACCAUCUGCAAAAUGUGACCGAGAACCAAGAAACAAAGAGUUGGACGGCCUAACCCAAAAUCAAGAUCCUUCACCAAAUCCCAAGAAUUUACCUCCAUUCGAAUCACCAACCCCCAAAAGUUCAGAAAUUCCAACAUUUGUGCAAAAUGGAAAAACACUUAUUCCUGCCGAGUCAAGUAAAUCUGCAGACCCUCCUAAAGGUGACAGUGAAAUGGAAUCUUUGAUCAAAAAGAUUGAUACUACUAAAUUGAGUGCUAAAGACAAAAAAAUGGUCAAGAAAUGCACUAAACCCAAAUCAAGAGACAGAAAAAAAUGUGUGCAACAACUCAAGAAACUUGCAAAAAAAUUUCCAAAGAAUUAA